AUGGAUCUUUUAGAAUUCUUCUUGUCUGGAUACCCUGUUAUUUCAGUGCCAAUGAUCAACCUUCAGCUUUCGUCAAUGAUCUUGCUUGGGUUGGGACUGGUUGUUGUACUAGAACACUGUUUGGUUGGUCCAGAGCUGGUGGAUUUGGAUGGCGCUUCUAUGCUAACAAAAGAUUCUAAUGUGCUUGAGCCUUUUGUUCACUGCCUUCUCAGAGUCAAGUUCUAG